CUGCGCCAAACCCGUGCGUGCUCAAGCUGGAGGGGCUUGAGACCGCCACCCAUUUGAUUAACUAAGUCACCACCAAAUGCUACAAUAAGCUGUGAUGGCCUCCAAGGUGAAGUCUGCAACCCUCUAUGUGGGGAAUCUUCCUGUGGAUGCUACCAGAGCAGAAGUUGAAGAUGUAUUUGGUGAAACAGGACCAAUCAAGAAAUGCUUUGUUGUGAAAGCGAAAGAUGAGGCAUCUGCAUACGCAUUUGUGACAUAUGCAUUGCCUGAAGAUACUGACACAGCUGCUGAGGAGCUGCAAGAUGCCACCAUUAGGGGAAACAAACUUAAAGUGUCUGUUUCAAACAGAAAGCAAAAACAAAAACAGAAUAAAAAUGAAGUCACACAAAAAAGCUCUGAAAAUCCUGAACCAAAGGAAAGACCUGUUCCCAAAAAGCAGAAACUGGCAAGCGGUUGUGGCUGCGGAGGCAUUCAGUCACCAUGCUCUUCCAAACAAAAAGGGCCGACUCAUUGUCAGAAAUUUGUCCUUCAAGGUUACAGAGGAGUCAUUUCGAAAGCACUUUGCGACCUUGGGCCCUGUCACAGAAAGUAAAGCUGCUGAAGAAGCCUAAUGGACUUGCUCGUUGGAUGCGGCUUUAUCCAGUACAAGCAUGAAAAGCACGCGGAAGAGGCCAUCAGAAAGCGCAAUACUAAACCAUUCUUGGGUCGCCCGAUCGUGGUGGACUGGGCCGUAGACAAGGCGCGCUAUGAGGCUGCACAGAAACCCGCUCCAGACAGCAGCAAGGGACGCAAGAGGACGCACGAAGAUGUCGACGAAGAAGGCGAGGGCGGAGAAGAGGAAGACGACGGCUCCAUCGCUCACAGGUCAUCCGAAAAACCAGACUCCGCCGCUUUGGACUCCUCUGAUGACGAAAGCGAAGGAGAGGAGGAAGAAGACGAAGAGGGUGGGUCCUCCUCGGGUGAAGAAGAGAGCGAUGAGGGCGCUGAAAGCGGCGAUUCCGAGCCGGGGUCUGACGCUGAUUCCGGCGUGGAAGGUGAAGACAGCGACGACGACUCUCCUGGUGACGAUGGAUUCGCAGAAGACAAUGCGUCGGACGAUGGUGCGGCUAAAGUAGAAGCCAACUUCACAAAACAAAAACGCGAAAGAAAGAGCGACGUCAGCGAAGGAACCACGCUGUUCAUUAAAAACAUGUCAUUCGACACGGACAAGAACACACUGAAGGAGUUGUUUUCUCAGUUUGGUCGCGUGAAAUACGCACUCAUCUGCAUCGAUCCUCUGACGGAGCACCCGCGUGGAACAGCCUUCGUACAAUUCAAGAGCGGCGCGGAGGCGGAGGCGGCGCUGGCUGCGGCCGCCGACCCCGAUAACACCGCCCGCUUCACGCUGGACGACCGGCGCAUCGAGGUGCUGCCGGCCGUCGAUCGACGCGAGCUGCAGCAGCGCCGCCAGCUCGACAAGGGGCGCGCCGUGCAGGGCAAGGACAGGCGCAACCUCUACCUGGCGCGCGAGGGACUGGUGCGCGAGGGCAGCCGGGCCGCCGAGGGCGUCUCCAGGGCCGACCUCAACAAGCGGGUCGGCCUCGAGAAGUGGAAGACCAAGAUGCUGAAGAACCUCAACAUGUUCGUGUCGACUGUGCGCCUGUGCGUGCACAACGUGCCGGCGGACGUGGACGACGCGAAGCUGCGCCAGAUCUUCCAGAGCGGCGCGCCGGCCGGCGCUCAGAUCACAGAGGCUCGUGUGAUGCGAGACAGGAGGGACGUGACCUCCCACCCCCGGGGCCAGUCCAAGGAGUACGGCUUCGUCACCUUCGCAGAGCACGAGCAGUCGCUGGCGGCGCUGCGCAACAUCAACAAUAACCCGGAGAUAUUCACGCAAAACAGGCGGCCGAUCGUCGAGUUCGCCGUGGAGAACCGGACCGCACUGGAGGCGCGCCGGCGCCGCGAGGAGAAGAGUCGCCAGAUGAACACGCAGGCGGCGCCGGCGCCG